AAAAGCAAUUGUAUUAAUUUUUUUCAGUUGCGAUGUUAAUUGUUAAUUAGUGAAUUUGGUAAUCAAAUUAUUGAUUUAGAUCUGAUUUAUAAUCAUCACAGAUCACACACUAGUAGAGCGAGUGUGUGUGUGAAUUAAUUAAAGAAUUGAAGAGUCUCUCUCUCUCUCUAGAUUUACUCAAUAACUGGUGGAUUUGAAUUGGGGUUUCGUGUUUUUUACAUUGCAAUUUUGAUUUCAAUGGGGAAAGGAGGGGAGGAUUAUGGGAAAGCGGAAAAAAUUGGGGUAGAAGAAAGGGAUAGAGAUAAGUUUCCGGCUUGGUCGAAAGGAGUUUUAGAAUGUGAGGAACAUUAUCGUGUUAAUCAUGAGGUUGGGUUAUCUAGUGAAGAAGUUGAGAAAAGGAGGCAGAUCCAUGGUUUGAAUGAGUUAGAGAAACAUGAGGGCACCUCGAUUUUUAAGUUGAUUUUGGAGCAAUUUAAUGAUACAUUAGUUAGGAUUUUGUUAGCUGCGGCAAUUAUAUCUUUUGUUUUAGCUUGGUAUGAUGGGGACGAAGGUGGUGAGAUGGGGAUCACUGCGUUUGUUGAACCGUUGGUGAUUUUCUUGAUCUUGAUUGUCAAUGCGAUUGUGGGUAUUUGGCAAGAGAGUAAUGCGGAGAAAGCGCUAGAGGCUUUGAAAGAAAUUCAGUCUGAGCAUGCUACGGUUAUAAGAGAUGGUAAGAAGUUAUCAAAUUUACCAGCUAAGGAGCUUGUUCCGGGUGAUAUUGUGGAGCUGAGAGUGGGUGAUAAGGUCCCUGCGGAUAUGAGAGUUUUGAGCUUGAUUAGCUCCACAGUUAGGUUUGAACAAGGGUCUUUGACAGGAGAAAGUGAAGCUGUUAAUAAGACUGCUAAGGCUGUUGCUGAAAAUACUGAUAUUCAAGGCAAGAAAUGUAUGGUUUUUGCCGGGACAACAGUGGUUAAUGGCAACUGUAUAUGCCUGGUUACAGAUACAGGGAUGAACACAGAGAUAGGAAAGGUGCAUUCGCAGAUUCAUGAGGCUUCACAGCAUGAGGAGGAUACUCCUUUGAAGAAGAAACUAAAUGAAUUUGGAGAGCUUCUAACUUUGAUUAUUGGAGUCAUUUGUGCGUUGGUGUGGCUAAUUAAUGUGAAAUACUUCCUUUCUUGGGAGUAUGUUGACGGUUGGCCUAGGAAUUUUAAGUUCUCUUUUGAGAAAUGCACUUACUACUUUGAGAUUGCUGUGGCAUUGGCAGUGGCUGCUAUACCAGAAGGGCUGCCUGCAGUCAUUACUACAUGUUUGGCCCUCGGAACUCGAAAGAUGGCUCAAAAGAAUGCACUUGUCAGAAAGUUGCCUAGUGUUGAGACUCUUGGCUGUACAACAGUGAUCUGUUCUGAUAAAACGGGUACUUUAACUACCAAUCAGAUGGCUGUAUCAAAAGUUGUGGCUAUGGGUUCUAGGAUUGGAACUCUUCGAUCUUUCAAUGUGGAAGGGAUUUCAUACAAUCCUUCUGAUGGGAAAAUAGAAGAUUGGCCCGUGGGUAGAAUGGACUCUAAUCUUCAAAUGAUUGCAAAGAUUGCUGCUAUCUGCAAUGAUGCAGAUGUUGAGCAAUCUGGGCAACAUUAUAUUGCUACUGGAAUGCCUACUGAGGCUGCCUUGAAGGUUCUUGUUGAAAAAAUGGGUUUUCCAGGUGGACUUGAAUCAUCAUCAGGUCAUGAAGAUGUUCUACGUUGUUGUCAACUAUGGAAUAAAAUGGAGCAGCGCAUUGCAACUCUUGAAUUUGACCGAGAUCGGAAAUCCAUGGGAGUUAUUGUCAAUUCCAGCUCAGGCAAAAAAGCACUGUUAGUGAAGGGUGCAGUGGAGAACUUAUUGGAGAGAAGUUCAUACAUUCAGUUGCUUGAUGGCUCAGUUGCUGAACUGGAUCAAUAUUCAAAAGAUCUUAUUUUACAAAGCCUUCAUGACAUGUCAACAAGCGCUCUACGUUGUCUAGGGUUUGCUUACAAAGCAGAAGUUCCAAAGUUUGAAACUUAUAAUGGUGAAGAAGACCACCCUGCACAUGAACUCUUGUUAAACCUAUCCAAGUAUUCUACUAUUGAGAGUGAACUCAUAUUUGUUGGCUUAGUUGGGUUAAGGGAUCCUCCUCGGAAAGAGGUUCGCCAAGCAAUUGAGGACUGCAAAGCAGCUGGAAUCCGUGUUAUGGUUAUUACAGGAGACAACAAGAAUACAGCAGAAGCUAUUUGUCGUGAAAUAGGUGUAUUUGGACCAUAUGAUGAUAUCAGCUCUAGGAGCUUGACAGGGAAAGAAUUCAUGGAACAUCCUGAUCAAAGGAAUCACCUAAGGCAAGAUUGUGGUUUGUUAUUCUCCAGGGCUGAACCAAGGCAUAAACAAGAAAUAGUGAGGUUGCUUAAAGCAGAUGGGGAAGUAGUUGCCAUGACAGGAGAUGGAGUGAAUGAUGCACCCGCCUUGAAGCUGGCUGAUAUUGGCAUAGCAAUGGGGAUUUCUGGGACAGAGGUUGCAAAAGAAGCCUCUGACAUGGUGCUAGCAGAUGAUAAUUUUAGUACCAUAGUUGCUGCCGUUGGUGAAGGCAGGUCCAUUUACAACAAUAUGAAGGCUUUUAUCAGGUACAUGAUCUCCUCAAACAUCGGCGAGGUUGCUUCUAUAUUUUUGACAGCUGCUUUGGGCAUACCUGAAGGAAUGAUUCCUGUUCAGCUUCUCUGGGUUAAUCUCGUGACCGAUGGACCGCCAGCAACAGCGUUAGGAUUCAAUCCUGCAGACAAAGAUAUUAUGGAGAAGCCUCCCAGGAAGAGUGACGACUCAUUGAUAACACCCUGGAUUUUAAUUCGUUACCUGGUGAUUGGAUCUUAUGUUGGGCUAGCGACAGUAGGGGUAUUCAUAAUCUGGUACACACGUCACACAUUCAUGUUCAUCGACCUGAGUCGAGAUGGUCACAGUGUGGUAACCUACUCCCAGCUGGCCAAUUGGGCUCAAUGUGGAAAUUGGCAGAAUUUCUCAGUAUCGCCAUUCACAGCCGGGUCUCAAGUGUUCAACUUCGACGAUAAUCCAUGCGAGUACUUCCGAUCUGGAAAAAUCAAAGCAUCAACUCUGUCCCUUUCUGUUUUGGUUGCAAUCGAGAUGUUCAAUUCCCUGAAUGCUCUCUCCGAAGAUGGCAGUCUCCUGACAAUGCCUCCGUGGGUUAAUCCGUGGCUUCUUCUGGCAAUGUUUAUAUCAUUCGGGUUGCACUUUUUGAUCCUCUACGUACCGUUCCUUGCUCAGAUAUUCGGAAUCGUUCCUCUGAGCGUAAACGAGUGGCUUCUUGUGUUAGCUGUUGCUUUACCUGUAAUUCUAAUAGAUGAGGUUCUCAAAUUUGUGGGAAGGUGUACGAGUGGAAUGAGGAGGAACAUUGGUUCAAGCAGACAUUCAAAGCACAAGACAGAAUAAAGCUAUCGCAGGUUGUGAACCAAAACUAUUUAGAAAAGCAAAAAAAAAAGCUCAGAAUGAGUCUUAAGUCUAUGAACUUAUGCAACUAGCCCUUUUUUAAAUUCAAGAUUAAGGGUUAGUUUUAGGCAAUUGAUAAUUUUUAUUAGAUUUUAGACUUUACUUUCAAACACAUAAAUCUUCCUCUCUCUUUUUUAGUUUAUUAAAAUUAACCUCAUUUUUUUCUCUUUUCA